GUCUCUUUCUCCAAAUCUUGCUAAACGAACGGACGCGUGCGCGGAAGUAUAAAAAUAUAAAAAAGCGAAAUAAUGGCUAAUCGUACGGAUAAGGUAAAAUCUUCCCAGAAAAUCGAAGAUCAAGUGUUGGCAUUGACUGGUGCCAUGCCGAAAAUCAAGCUCUAUGAUUCUUUUACUGCCUUGUUCUACCGCGAGGGAUCGGAGAUCCUCUGCACUGGAAUUGACAAGGACAAGGUGGUUAGAGUAUUUGACGACGAGAGCACUUUGGCUGAUGAAAUCAAACUCAUGCAAGCGUUUGCCAAUGACGAUGUCGUCGAGGUCAAAAUUUACGUUUAUGAUAGAGAUGCAAAGGGGGAAGAUCAGAAGGAGGAUGAGCAGAAGAAGCCAGAAAAUAAGGAGGAGGAGCAACUAGUGGUGGAGGUGAACCCCAGCGAGGUGGACCUAGAGGAGCUGGACUAGUGUCCCGAUCAGAGAACAAAGUGAAAUCCAAGAAGGAGUCUACACAAUUUGCGCAAUUUUCAUCUUUUGCGCUCAAGAAAUCAACACAAAAACAUUCGAAAAAUGUGUUAAAUAUCCAUGAAUAAAAUAAUCCACUCAACACUGUAUAUGUGAA